AUGGCAAAGACAAGCGUCAGAAAGAGAUUAAAAGAGUGGAAGAAUUCCCUCAAGUCUUCUGGGCGCUCUCCUAACAAAAGCCUUCUGUCAAGUCCAAACCAAUCUCACGCAUCGUUACAAAGCCGCCUUGACGAGCCAAAUCUCCAGCAGCCAAAUCUCCAGCAGCCAAAUCUCCAGCAGCCAAAUCUCCAGCAGCCAAAUUGCCUGCCAUCUCCAGCUCAACAACCAGUUGUCUCGGAUCUUUGGGACGAGGCAUUCCGCAAAGUCAAUGAUGAAACACAAAGAUGGAUUAAAAACCAUGGGCUCGAUUCAUCAGAGCGGGCAAAGUCAGAAGAUCUCGUUGAGCUGAUUAAGAACAAAAGUGAAUUACUCUCCGAAGAAACAGGUUCACUUUUAAAAAUUGAAAUUGGGAGUCAAAAGCUGGUAUUCCGCGAAUAUAUCUCUGAUAUUGUCACAUUUCUUACCACGGUUGGCGACAUCGCGAUCAAUUUCGCACCCCCACAAGCUGGUGUGCCAUGGGCCGCGGCAAAGGCACUGCUGAGGAUUCCGGUUAAACAAAUUGAGCAAAUGGCAGCACUUGCUGGAACAGUUCAAUUAUUUACACGCAUUGUCCAGAGGGGUCAGGUAUACGAGCAUUUAUACAACGCAACAACGGCAGAUGAAGAAGCUGUAUCAAAUCUACGCGACGCCUUGCGAGAUCUAUACGUUACGGCAAUAGAGCUACUGGCUCGGACUGAUAUCUUGAUUAAAGGUGGAUUGGUCAAACAAACGUUAAACGCCAUUCUUCGACCUGAGCAGGCUUCAGACCUUGUUUCUGACUUGUUGAUGAAAGAGCAAAAGGUUUCACUGGAAGCUCAAGUCUACGAGGCUUCUCGCAGUGCUAAGACUGGUUUAAAAACGGAUGAAAGAAUAAAGGCCCUGUUGACGAAUCUAGAUAAACUGUCGACGCCCAUUAGUCGAAUUGACAAGGGAGUCGAUAAUCUUCUAGAGGAGGUUGAAAAGAACCAAUUAGAGGGACUCAUGGACUUUAUUAGCUCAGAAAAGUUUGGUAAGGGCCACGUUACUAUCAAAGAAUCGAGGAUAGAAGGGACUGGAGACUGGUUGAUUAACCACGAGGGACUUCGCGAUUGGGAAGCGAUACCAUCCUCUUCAACGCUCUUAUGUCUCAAAGGAACUGUCGGUACUGGUAAGACGUAUCUUACCUCUCGGGUAAUUGAUCAUGUAAAGCAAACCUUGGAGACAUCGCCUCAUGACGAAGGUUUUGCUUUUUUCUAUUGCAACCGAUCCGGUCCCCUAAUGUUGGACCCCCUUGUUGUUCUGAGGAGCUUUGUUCGCCAAUUGUCUUACAAAGCAUACCACUACGACCGCAUCCAAACCAGCGUCAUCCAGAAAUGUGAAUUGGCAAAGCGAGAAGGGAGAGAUUUGAGCUAUGAAGAUUGCAAAGAGCUCAUCUUAAUCUCUCUAAACCUCUAUCCAAAAACCACUUUAAUCCUCGACGCCUUGGAUGAAUCUGAUAUUUCAACAUAUAACUUGGCAGAGCUUCUGAUUGAGCUAAUGGAAAAGGCUACAAAACCCGUCAAAAUUUUUAUUUCGACUCGCCCUGAUCGAGAAUACCUAAAGGUCCUUGAAGACAAAUAUAUAAUUACAGUUAAUAGCGAUAAUCAGCAAGGCGACAUUGAGAAAUUUCUUCACGAAACACUAUACUCUCAGUUAUUUUUCAACAGGCGCCAGGCGGAAAUUCAGGAACUAAUUAAAGAAACUUUUAGAUCUCGAAAUGGCGGGAUGUUUCGAUGGGUCUAUUUACAAGUCAAAAGUCUGCUGAAAUGCAUCUCGGAUGAUGCAGUCAAGACAUGGGCCAAAAUGGUGCCUCGCGAUCUAAUGGCGGCAUACGACCAGUUAUGGGAGAGUAUACAAGAGCAGCAUAACGAAGACGACGUGGCAUUAGCCGAGCGUGCCAUUCAGUGGGUGCUGUGUGCUUUUGAGCCACCUCAAUCCGAUAUCCUCCUAGAAGCCCUCCAAUACUCUUUAGAAAGAGAUGGACUGGUACAAAAGGAAAAGCACUCUGAAGAAGAAAUUUUGUUACUUUGCCAAGAUCUUCUGACGAUUGAUCCAGAGAAACGGAUAUGGACGCUACCACAUGCUUCAGUGGCUGAAUAUUUCGAGUCUAGAAAUAUGACUCUAGAAAAAUGCGAUGUCUUUGCUUCUCUUACAUCGCUCAACUUUAUGAUGGAAUCUAAAUCACAAACCUCCCAUCUCAAAUGGAAAGUUUAUGAAUUCGACACUUUCGAAGAGUAUGUUUCAUUUACAUGGCCAAGGCACGUUCAACGAUAUGAUAAAUGGCUGGGAUCAAUGAAGGGCGCAGAUCCGGACCAAACACUCGUUACCACGCUUAAGCGCUUUCUCGGCUCUGUAGAAGAGAAUGGCGACUACUAUCGGAAAUGGCUAAACAAAAUUGAUGGAUCAUAUAAACACUCGGAACUGACGCCCGAAAAUAUGACCUUUCUCGUCAUGUGCCGCUAUGGGUUUUACUACGUUUUGCGUGACUGGUGGGAAGAGGGUAAAAUCACUAAGGAAAUGGCGCUCAAGAAAUGCAAUAUUAGUUUUAAAGAUGGCUAUAACUCACUUGCACUUGCAGCUGAAGGUGGAUGCCUGCCGAUUUGCAGAUAUUUGGUGGAAGUCAUUGGUUUGGACAAUCCCCCUACUAAAGGACAUUGCUGGGCCAUGCAAGAGGCAAUAGAUGACCAGAACAAGGAUAUCGUCUCAUUGUUGGUGGAGGAAGCAAACGUCGAUGUCAACAUCUGUUACCUCCGCGAAACAGCUGUGCAAUUCGUGGCAGAGUGUCGGAGUAAUGAUACUGAUAUGCUGCAGUGGUUUGUAGACCAAGGCUGGGUCGAUGUGAACAGGGAGGGCGGCGAACUAUAUGGCAAUGCCCUCAUCGCAGCAGCACUUAGCUCUAAAAUCGAAUCGGUCGAGAUUCUGAUCAAAGCUGGAGCUGAGGUGAAUGCCACGGUGGAGCGUGGCCUCUAUGGUAGUGCCCUUGUUGCUGCAGCAACAGCAUCGAGGCACUAUGAUUACAUUGAAAAGAUCCAGUUGCUUCUCAGCCACGGUGCAGAUCCCAACCAGCCCAUGAAAGGCGGCAAAUAUGGCAGCACACUGGAAGCGGUAAUUCUCAAUGCUUUCUUUAUGGGUGAUGAUGAAUUGGCUGUGAGCAAACAGUCGCUUGAGCUUUUGCUAGAAGCUGGCGCUGAUCCCGCAAUCAUAUCUGACCGGGGAGAUCAUGGAAGUGCACUCGCCGCCGCCGCAUGUUGUGGAUAUAAAGACUUCCUAAUGAUGAUGAUUGAUGUUACUGGCAGGGAACAGGCAAUUGAAUGUCUUGGCCACAGUAGAUGCCCCAGGGUGCAACGAUUUAACGGUGAGAAGCAUGUUGAGACAUGGAAGCAAGGCAGAUCAGACAUAAUCACAUAUCUCACCAACCAAGUCGCAGUGGAGCAUGAGACUCUUUACAGAAUUGGGUUGCGGGAUGUCGAGCCCAAGGAAAUAAUACCCGGCUAUAGGAGGUUCUUUAUUGUUGAAUACGAUUAA